AUGGCUUCCUCACAGCCCGAUUCGCCGUCCGAUUCUGAGCAUGAAGCUAUUCCCGAGUCCCCGCCGAUGCCGCCAAGCCUCCAUCACGCGCCGCCAAGCCUCCAUCACGCGCCGCCAAGCCUCCAUCACGCGCCGCCAAGCCUCCAUGACGCUAUUCCCGAGUCCUACACCUUCCCGCUGCCUCCUUUACCUCAGCAGUACGAUACGCCUGAGCAAGGAAUUGUCGUGAUCAAUAUCUUCGGCCGCCAGCAUGGCUACGCAGUCUCAACUCUUCGGUCGAAACGUAUAAAGAAAGGGGUCCUAAAGACAGUUCGCCUAUGCUGUGACCGGGGCCGCCGGCUAAGAAACAGCCCGAAUAGCCCUACGCGGAAGCGGGAGACUACCUCGCUAGCGAUUGAAUGCCCCUUUUCGAUAUCGCUACGGCUUCAAGAAGGCCGAUGGAACCUUACAGUGGAGAAUCAACACCAUAACCAUGAGUCCUCGCCUCCUCUUACUCAUAUGCCACACCGGAAGCAGGAAUUAUAUGUAAAGGCAUCGAAUAUUAAGAAUCAGCUCCAGCAGGGUCUUUCUACCCGUCAUAUUCUCACCGGCAUUCAAAAGGACGACCAGGAUUCCUGCCUCACUGCCCGGGAUAUCUACAACUUUCGGAGGAAGCUUCAUGUUGAUUUCCUUGCUGGCCGUACACCGCUUCAAGCUCUCUUGAUAGAGCUUCCAAAGGACGGCGAAUGGAUCUUCAAGUAUGAAGUUAACGAUGAGAAUCAUGUCACAGCCCUCUUUUGUAUGCAUAAAACGAGUAUUGCAUUCCUUAAGACAAAUUCAUGGGUUAUUUCAAUGGACUGUACAUAUAAAACUAACCGGUAUGGCCUUCCAAUGCUCGAUAUCGUCGGCUUUACUGCUACGGGCUCAACCUUUUACAUCGGCUUCGCAUUCAUAAAGGACGAGAAAGAUGACAGCUACGAAGUCAUUUUAAGCUGUCUAGCAGAGGCUUACGAAGCUCUUAGCCUUCAAGCACCCCGGACCAUCCUUUCCGAUAAGGAGCAAGCGCUAAUGAAUGCUGUGAAGGUCGUCUUCCCUUCUACAAAGCAUAUGAUCUGUCUAUGGCAUAUCAAUAUGAAUAUCAUGAAGAAAGCUCGUCCGAUUCUCGCAGAGCAGCUAGCAAAAGAGCGGCAAGAGGCUGCUUCCUCGGCUUUACAGCGUCAGACGAAGGCGGAGAGAGACCGAGAGCUUCGAGAAAUGGUCCAUAAAGCAUGGAAGACGAUGCUGAAGCGGUGGAUUCGCGUCGUCUAUACGAUCACAACCGUAGAGAGGGAGGAGAGAUGGAGACAAUUCAAAGAGCACUACAAGGAGCCGAUUUUUGAACCUUUACUCCAAUAUCUACAGAGUGAAUGGCUAGACGACUGCCCUGAGUAUUUCCUUCAUGAAUACACCUCCGAAUACCUUCAUCUCAAUGAGAUUACGACCUCUCGGACCGAGGGAGCUCACUGGCUGCUUAAGCAGGGCCUUUAA